UCAAAAUCAAAAUCCUGGUCUUCAUGCUCACCAACACUUGCGGCUCCUAUUCUCCUCACUGGUACCACUAUGACACCUUCAGGUGACUAAACUAAAACUAACUCCAUUUCAAAAUUCAAACCAAUUUCUCAAUUGAAAUGAAGAAAAAUUACUGAAAUCCGUUCAGAUUCGUCCUGGCUGCGAAUGUGAAGGUGGUUAGAUCUGGGUUUUUCAUGAGCCUCUUGAUGCCGCACCCCUCAUCAUGGCUGUCAUUGGUUCUUAUUUAUGGGUUUUCUGGGUUCUAAUUUCACCCUUUCACCAAAGCCCAAGUCAAUUUCUCAAUUUUCUCAAUCUCAUCUUCCUUCGCCUUCAGCUUCAUCAUCACGCCCAUUUCAACUGCUUCAAUUAGCCUCUCUUGCGUUUUUCAUCUACUUCCAUUCUCACCUUCUCCAUCUGAAAAAUCAAUAGAACAGAAACAGAUGAAUGAGAGAGAGAGGAAAGAGGGACAUGGAGCCAUUGAAGAAGAAAGAAGAAAGCUUUUGUGUUUCUGAGUUUGAAGAAGAUGAAGAAAAUGAGUUGGGGGAUGGAGGAGGGGAAUUGGGUUUAACACCCCAGCCCUUAGGCUUCCCGCCCCACUUAAAGUGGGGAAAUUACCGGAAACCCUCAGGAUUAAUAUCGGUAAAUGAUUUUCCGAUACGUAUCGGUUUAUCAUUUACCGAUUCGUAUUGAUAUAACAGCAUCAGAUAGGUUUUGAAACAUAAUUUUCAAAACCCAUUUCCCUCCCCAAAUCACUCCCUCUUCAAAUCUCUCCCAAACUUGCGUUCCACCACUCCAAGCUUCGGUCCCAUCAUCAUCAAAGCUUCCUCAAAGCACCGGAACUCCCAUUCCAUUACAUUCAAAAGGAGAAUGAAGGGCGGGAGGAAGAGGUCUCGAUCUUCUACAGUCGAUGAUGCAGAGGGUCGCCACGAGCGCUUGCAUGCUUCUACGUGGCGCGGCGACCAUCGAGCAGCUAGUCAGGCGGUUGAGGCUUCGGCCCCGUCUCCGUCUCCGUCUGCUACUCCGGCCGGGGCUCCGUCUCCGUGUCCGUCUGCUAUAGCUCCGUCAGGUGGUCCAUCUACUACAGCUCCGUCAGGUACUCCGGCUGAGCCUCAGCCUCAUCCUACUCCGGUCUCUCCGAUGGUUGAGUUACCUCUUGAGGAGACAUCUGGCGAGCAGUCUUCUUCGGAGCCCAGUGGCGAGGAGUCUGCUUCUGAGACUGCUUCUGAGGCCAGUGGUGAGGAGGAGGAGCCUCUUAUUCUCCAGGAGGAGAUUGAUGCUGCUGAUGUUGUGCCAGAUGUGGUGCCAGAGGGCGGUGUAGAGGGCGGUGCAGAUGACGACCUCAUCCAGAGGGUGGCACUGUUUCCCGGGGGGCCUGAGGAUCUGUCGCUUCUUGCGCAUUAUUCUGACCACAAGGCUCCUUGGACGUGGCAGGCACUUCUUCGCACAGACCCGCGGUACGUGGACCGUCGGACAUUGAGGGUGGCCACUGUUGGGGGGAAGGUAUGGAACCUCCCCUGUGAUGGCGAUUCAGAGGCCCACACAGCUGUGCGACAGCUGCUGCAGCAGACGGGUUUGUAUCACCUGCCUUGGUGCGGGUUACCGGAGACAGACCCAGCUGUCGUACUGGCCCUUGUUGAGAGAUGGCAUGAGGAGACGAGUAGCUUCCACAUGCCGUUCGGGGAGAUGACUAUCACCCUGGACGAUGUGUCGGCUAUUCUCCAUCUUCCCACAGGGUCGAGGUUCUACACUCCGGGCAGAGGGGAGCGAGACGAGGUUGCAGCGCUCUGCGCCCAGCUCCUGGGAGGAUCUGUUGCUGCUUAUCUGGCUGAGUUUGAGGCGGCGGGUGGCCAGAACAUUCGGUUCAUUACUUUGAAGACCAUGUACACGUCUGCUAUGGAUGGGGGACGCUAUGAGGAUGCUGCUAGGAUCUGGCUGGUGAACCAGCUUGGUGCCACCCUCUUUGCCAGCAAGAGUGGUGGUUACCACACUACUGUCUACUGGAUCGGGAUGCUUGAGGACCUCGGUCGCGUGUCGGAGUACGCGUGGGGUGCGAUUGCGCUGGCUUCGUUGUACGAACAGCUGAGUCGUGCUUCCCGCAGGAAGACAGCGCAGAUCAGUGGGUUCACCUCCCUCGUGCUGUCAUGGGCGUAUGAGUACAUAUCCAGCAGCGUCAUUAUCAGGACGGAGGUCCCCGGCUACACACAGGACCAGCCUAGGGCGCAGCGGUGGUCCACGUCUCGGAUCGCGCAUUCCGGACUCGAUGAGAGACGGGUCAUGCUCGAUGAGCUUACAGUGGAUGAUAUCACAUGGACCCCUUUUGAGGACCAUCGAGAUGUUCGACCGCGGGAUCCCAGGGCCCUCUAUUCCGGCUACAUCCGGACACCUUACGGCCGGUCUGUGAGCCUACAUCUACCAGAGCGGGUUAUGCGCCAGUUUGGCUUCAUACAGGACAUCCCUCGACACCCCUCUGAGAUCCAGACGACGGGGUCCCUUGCUGAGACCGCAGAUGCUGCCUAUGCUGAGUUUGAGCCGCACCUCCGCCCUCAGGGGAUACCUGCUACGUAUCCGAGAGAGGCGGUGGAGGGUUACAUGAGGUGGUAUAGCAGAGUGUCACAUGUGUUCAUCAUCCCUGAGGAUAGGAGGGAGGAGCUUAGUGCCGUGUCUGUCAUACGUAGGGGUGUGGAGUUGUUGGAGCAGUCCCUAGAGGUGCCAGGUGCUUAUGCUCCAGGGACACAGCCCCGGAUCCUCACGGAGAGGGCGCUCGAUCUCUUUCGACGGAGUUCCUUCGUUGGUACCCAGGGAGUUGCCUUUUCUGCUAUUCGAGGAGCCGCAGCUGCGGGAGGCAGAGCUCGUGGAGGCAGAGCUCGUGGAGGCAGACCCCGUGGAGGCGGAGCUCGUGGAGGCAGAGCUCGUGGAGAGGGUGAUCCUGGAGAGGGUGUUCGUGGAGGUCGAGCUCGUGGACCCAGAGGUCGCAGGGGGCAGGGUCGGGGAGAGUGAUUUUAUUACACUUGUUAUGUGGGAUCCAUUAUUAUGUAUAUGUUAGGACUUUUUAUGUUAUGUUAUGACUCUUUCC